AUGAAACUCUGCGCUCUCAAAGAGUCAUACCCUGAUAUCCCGAUUCUUGGUUUGACCGCCACAGCCACUAAUCAAGUCAAGGCAGAUAUCAAAAAGAUUCUGAAACUUGAAGAUGUGCUCUACUUCCAAAGUUCUUUCAAUAGGCCAAAUUUAUUCUACGAAAUAAAGACUCUAAAGAAGGCAAAAUGGGAGGAAGACAUUGCUCAGGUAUGCAAGGAGCACUGCAGCUUCUCUUCCAGAAAAGAGUCGGGAAUAGUCUACUGUCUCAAGAAGAAGGAAACUGAAUCUAUAGCUAAAUCUCUGAAGUCAAAGUACAAGAUUAACUGUUCCUAUUUCCACGCAGAUCUUCCACUUGAGAAGAGGAAUGAAGUUCAAAGAAAAUGGAUGAAAAAUGAAAUUCAAGUGAUCAUUGCCACGAUCGCAUUUGGAAUGGGAAUUAACAAAUAAGGACGUCAGGUUUGUCAUACACUGCGGGUUCCCCAAAUCCAUCGAGUCUUACAUCCAGGAGUGUGGCCGAGCUGGUCGAGACUCUCUCCCUGCCAGAUGCAUCCUUUAUUACAAUUACGGAGAUCGGAGACUCCAGGAUUGGUUCAUCAUGAACAGCACUAAAAACACAUGCAGUGAUGUCAGGAAGGAAGAGAACCUGCAUAACUUAUACAAAAUGAUAGAUUAUCUUGAAGAGACUUUCCUCUGAAGAAGGAAAUUACAGCUAUUUUUCCUUGGUGAAAAAUUCAAGACUAAAGACUGAAAAUAAGAAUUGUGACAACUGUGCUAAAGAUUACCGACUCAAAGAGAUCAACGUGACAGUUGAGGCAAAGAUUAUCCUGGAGUUCAUUCAGGAGGUAGAUCAGCCCUUGGUCACCCUUAUACAGUGCAUUCCAAUUCUACGUGGGAACAAGGUCAAAAUCACGAAUUAUUUAGUAACAAAAGUUGCAGCUGGAUAUUCAGGAAAGUUGAAAUAAGUUCAGUGCUGACCAAGUCAGGCGGAUGAUCAUAAAAAUGCUAAUAAUGAGAGUCCUAAGGGAGGAAUUUAUCGAGAAUGAGCACUGUACAAAUUCAUAUCUUCAGCUAGGCCCAAAAUCCAUGGAUUUCGUUAACAAUUUGAUCCCCUUCUACAUCACUGUUGGCAAAGCUAGAGCCAAAGAGAAAAAGCAGACAAAGAUUGAUGAAUAUGAAGAACAAGAGGAGAUAGAAGUCAGCGAUAAUGAUGCUGAUUAUGACUCAGACAAUGUCUGCGAAAACUAUGAUCUCCAAGAGCCAGCCCCAGAGGAAGAGCCUGAGCAAGAAAAGCCAGAUAUCCAAGAGGAAAGUAAUCUGAAUGAACCCUCUGAAUCUCCUAAGCAAGAAUCUAUGGUUAAGGAUAAGAUUAAUAAUUAUAAGUAAGAGUUUAUCAAAAAUGAUAAGUGAAGAGUGUUCUCCAAUAGAGGAGCCUACUCCUGUUCAUAACUCACAGUCUUAUAAGUACUCUAAUUCUGAUUUGAUUGCAAUCGAGGAGCGUCUUAACAAAGCAUGAUUGGAAAUCCAAAAGAGAUUCAUGAACUCUCCAAAUUCCAACCUCUACACCCAAAUCUGCACCACCUUUAGUGCAAAAUUGUGAUCUAAAAUCACAGAAAAGCUCAAAUCCACCCAAAUCCCACUCCAAACCCUCGUUUCCUCCUGUCACUCUCCCACAGACUCCUUCCUCAACUACUCCCACAUCCUCGUAUCCGAAAUAAACCAUUACACAAGAAUUCAAAAAUCGCUUCAAAGCCUCACUGUUUCUCUCGCACAAGAAGAAGUUUUCUCCAUUAAGGACGAGGACAUUUACUCUCAGCUUUCAGAGUUUGUUCUUGAAGAGACUCCUCGCCAGCCUCAGCCUAUCAAGGCUUUGCCUCAGGCGGAGCCCAAGUCAAAGCCUAAGCAGAAGAAGCCACUGAGGAAGCAGGCUACAGAUUCUGAGCUGAGUGACUCUCUUAGUGAGUACUCUCAGAAAUCAUCGAAAAAUUUCAAGUCUUUUGGAUAUGUACAGGCUGAUAAUGACAGGUCACUGCAGGAAAUGGGCCAGUUUGGAGGAGUCAAGAAAGUGAAGAAGGGGAGGAAAUUUGUUCCACCUUUUGGAAGAAAACGUAAUUUCUAGAGUGCUCUUGAAGGUUUGAAUGCAGUUUUUGGAAAUAGGAUUGGAAAUUGAAGGAUUUAAGUAUAAAUAGGCCAUUUCAGCG